UUGGCGAUAUUGCUCAGCCUGGCUUAGCCUCUCUGAUUUGCGUCUCCUGAUUUGAGCGAUUGCGGCGCACAAAGUCAUCUCCGGACAAUGCGACUCUCUACCGAGGUGUUGUAGAAGACUUACGGAAACCUACACUUUCGGGAGUUGUCGGCUAUAGUUCUGUCAACUCAGAUUGACGCCCCUACGGACCUAUAAAGGUCGCAAUAUAUCCCAUAUGUUCUGAUUAUAUACCACACGCUUCAUUAUGAAUCCCUAUCCAAAUGGUUGGCCUACCAACUGGUACCAAGGACAAUACAACCCUCAUGUAUAUGUCCCCCCCUCUUACCGCAACCAGCCGCCGUAUCAAGCAGCAGGAUGGCAAGGAUUCAACUACGAACACUCACAACCAAAAUCCAAAUGGCCCAGCCUCAACCCCACCCUUGCAUCAGACAUGACCUACGUGCGCUACGAUAUCCGCAAGCCCGCUCGGGAAGGGGUUAUGUUAUCUACAUGGCAACAAAUUUAUCAUAUUCCAGCAUUCGUGGCGCCUACGUACGAGAUCCUCAUCAUCUCGAAGGCAUUCCCUUGGUCAAUGGUCAUCCGUGCGCCUGCCGGCUCUGUAGUCACAUGCGGCGCGAUCUUUGAGGGAUUGCAUGAAAUGCUACAAAAGCACAUCGAAGACUCAGAGUGGGCAAUCGUGGCUCUUGAUAAGACACGGAGAGAAGCGAUCGAGAAGGCUGCGAAGGCGAGGCAAGAGAAGGACAAGGAUAAACGACUGAAGAGAAUUGAUUGGCUGGGAGACACGCCAAUGUUUAAGGGGCUGGAGAAGGACGAAGAAUUUCAGAAAAAGAGACAUCUACCUGGAAGUGAUACUAUUGCGGAGACAUGGGUGGUGAGAUUUGGAAAACCGUGAUUGUGAUGCUAUCCGAAUCAUCAUGGGAGUUUCAUGAUACCUUUCCUUGUUUUCUCUUGGACCCCGUGUAACGAUGCCUAUGCUUCUACAUGCAUUAUGCCUUACGGCUUCCGUCGCCUAUUAUUAGUCUCAUCUGCUGUGUAUCUCUUGGGAAUCAUUCAUGACACCGCUGAUUAUAUCGAGAGUGCAAUGUGCAUCCAUACAUGAUGCUCCACUAAUGAUGCAACGCUAUACCAUAACGCAUGGCCAGACCCUUGAUUAUGUUACAUCUAUCAUACUUACAUUCUAUACCCGUUCCGUUUCAUUGUACGCACAUGUGGAAACG